GGUCCUUGCGUGCAGGCGGGCGGCGAGCGCGAGGUGUCUCCUUCACUUCGCCCUCCAGCGCGGCCUUCACGCGGCGAGAGGAAAGGAAGCGCGCGUGCGAGAAAGGUGCGAUAUAGAGACGCUCCUGCGCCCUUCCCCCGUGUAGACAGAUUUUCUAAAUUGGAGUAGAUAGCUAUGAGUUUUAAUCCAGCAUGUCAUCUCCCGUCAAGAACAACUCCAAUGGCUAUCCCACCAGCAUAUGGAGAUCUCGGCAAGUCUGCCAGAGACAUCUUCAACAAAGGAUUUGGUUUUGGCCUGGUGAAAUUGGAUGUGAAAACGAAAUCUGCAAGUGGAGUGGAGUUUGCAACAUCUGGGUCAUCAAACACAGACACAGCAAAAGUGACUGGGAGCUUGGAGACCAAAUAUAAGUGGGCUGAGUAUGGCGUGACUUUCACAGAAAAAUGGAAUACAGAUAACACUCUAGGAACAGAAAUGGCAAUUGAAGAUCAGAUUGCCAAAGGUCUGAAGUUGACAUUUGAUACAACUUUCUCACCGAAUACCGGAAAGAAAAGUGGCAAAAUCAAGUCUGCCUACAAGCGUGAAUGCCUAAACCUCGGGUGUGAUGUUGACUUUGAUUUUGCUGGACCAGCUAUCCAUGGCUCAGCUGUCCUGGGUUAUGAAGGCUGGCUGGCUGGGUACCAAAUGACCUUCGAUAGUGCCAAAUCCAAGCUGACAAGAAACAAUUUUGCCGUGGGUUACAAGACCGGAGAUUUCCAGUUGCACACUAAUGUCAAUGAUGGCUCAGAGUUUGGUGGCUCAAUUUACCAAAAAGUCAGUGACAACCUUGAGACUGCUAUAAAUCUUAACUGGGUGGCAGGCACCAAUAGCACUCGCUUUGGAAUCGCAGCAAAGUACCUGUUGGAUCCCACUGCUUCUAUUUCCGCAAAAGUGAACAAUUCUAGUCUAGUUGGAGUCGGUUACACCCAGACCCUGAGGCCAGGUGUGAAGCUCACUAUGUCUGCCCUAAUCGAUGGAAAGAACAUCAAUGCUGGCGGACAUAAACUUGGUCUUGGCCUAGAAUUGGAGGCUUAAAAGGCGUGGAGAAAACAGCUGCAGAAAAUGGGAUAUUGGAUGAAUAUGGCCUUAAAAAUGUAAUUCCAGUGCGACCCGGAGGCUUUCUUCCUUCUCGGAGGAAUGGCCUAGAACAAGAGCUGUAUUCAGAGUAUUUAGGCAGUUCCUCGUUAGCUGGUUUUUAGUUUAAAUUGGUUAUCUCUCUAGUUUUCAACACUGCAUUAGUGCAGUCACUACAAUAAUACAUUAUGUAAAUGUAUUUAACUGUUGAAUGCGCUGCCCACAAAUAAUGAAAUAGACUUUAUGAAAACCUGUACAAAUGUGUGCAUGUUAUGUUUCUUUUAACACAAAAUAGCCAUUGAAAUGACAAAAUGGAUCAAUGGUUAUUCUGAAAAGUGAGGUCAACAGUUUUGUCAAAAAUCACUAUAAUUAGAAAUACUUUUGGUAUCCCAACGCAAUUCAGAAUUAUGAAUAAAACAAAUACACACACAUA